AUGCCCCUCCGACGCGUCAUCGCGCUCGUCCUCGGUGCACUCGUCGCCGUUCCCGACGGCGCGCGCGCGAGGGCGUUGAUUCAAACCGACGCGGCGCGAUGUCCGAGCGUCGGUUCGAAAUCCCACGGCGGUUGUGACGACGCCGUGCGCUCGCUCUCCGCACCGUUCGACAUGUGGGAGCUCGCGCGAUCGUGGACCCCUGGUUUCUGCGGCGGUACCCCCGGGGCGUGCUCGAAGAGGGAGUGCAGGGGCGACGGGGCGACGGACGCGCUGACCUUGCACGGGCUGUGGCCGAGCUACGUCGAGGCGACGGGUUCGAGGAAGUGUUAUUGGCCACAGAACUGCGUGAAGCCGAGAUGGUAUCCGGCGAGCGAGCCGUGGGCGUUCGAUAAAACAAUCCUUCCGCGCGGAAAGGCGACGGAGCGGACGGCCCCGGCGUGGACGCUUGACGAUUUGGGCUCCCACGAGUGGGCUAAGCACGGGACUUGCGCGGCGUGGCUAGAUGCGAGCGGUGAAACGCGCGGGAUGACCCAGCGUGAGUUCUAUAAUGUCACGUUCGCGUUGGCAGAAACGCUCGGGACACCGGACGCGCUCGUGCGAGCGGCGGGCUCGGAUCUCUCGCUCGCGGAGGCGCAGGCGGCAUUCGGCGGCGAGACGCGCGUCGCGCUCGGAUGCACUCGGAAGUGUGUUCUCGUCCAGGCCGUGCAGUGCUUCGCCAGGGCCGUGGAUGGGGGUGUGGGUGAACCCAUCGAUUGCCCGUGUGUCGGUGUGCGCGAUAGUCGCUACGAUAAUUCGUGCGCGGCUCAAUGCGAGCGCGUACGCGUGCUCUCGCCCGAGCAGACGGGGUGCGAUGAUGACCUCAAGCUCGUCGUCGCCGCGAGCUGA